AUGUUCACCAAGGCUAUUGGAAUCUUCGCUGCUCUCAGCGCUGCUGCGUCUGCCCUCCCGACUUCCCACAAUGGUCGCCGCCACGCCCAUGGCCACCAGGUCGUGCCUCGCGAUACCACUGUCACUAGCGACGGCGUUGAGAUCACCAAUAACAUGGACCAGACUAUCUACCUGUGGUCCGUCUCCGACGUCUCCAGCGAGAUGUACACCAUCAACAGCGGAGAGAGCUACUCCGAGAACUGGCGCACCAACCCUAAUGGUGGCGGUAUUUCUAUCAAGAUGUCCUUCACUCCUGAAGAAACCGACGUGCUUCAGUACGAGUACACCUACGACGACCCCAUUAUCUGGUGGGAUCUCUCCUGCAUCAACAUGGGUGACAACUCUGGGUUCUCCACCGUGGGCUUCGCUGUGACUUCCGAUGAUGCCGACUGCCCGUCCGCCAUCUGUGCACCCGGCGACUAUGCCUGUGCUGCUGCUUAUCUGUUCCCCGAUGAUAACACUGCUACACACGCAUGCACCAGCAGUAACCUGCUUCACCUCAACUUGGGAUCUUCCAACGUCACCAUCACUGCUUAA